ACAAACUUUAAGACCCCAUAAUGCGACACUAUCAAUUCCAUUAUUAAAGGGAUAAGCCUCAACCUUGCAAGCCAGCACAACCAAAAUUCACCAAGUUAAUUUCUAGUUGUUAGUUAUAGCCAAGGUCUUCUUCACUACAAGAAUGUCUCAGGGAAGAGGCAGUGCAUCUUUACCUAGGCUUGUGGUCACUGUGGUUUCACUACUGUGCGUGUUAGUUCUAGUGGAACAUGCCAAUGCAGCAAUUUACUCCGUUGGAGGAUCUGGCGGAUGGACCUUCAACACUAACACUUGGCCCAAUGGAAAAAGAUUCAGAGCUGGCGAUGUGCUAGUGUUCAACUAUGACUCAACGGCACACAAUGUGGUUGCUGUGGACAGAAAUGGAUACAACAGCUGCAAGACACCAUCAGGUGCUAAAGUGUUCCGUACAGGGAAUGACCAAAUAAAACUAGCAAGAGGGCAGAACUACUUCAUAUGCAACUACCCUGGUCACUGCGAAUCUGGGAUGAAGGUUUCCAUUAAUGCAGCAUGAUAGUAUUGAAUUAAUGCAUGAAUUGAAUCUAAGAGACAAGUUAAUGGUUAAUUAGCUAGCAUUAAUGCUAGAUAUGUUGGUGUGUGAUCAUGUAUGUAUGUACUUUAUUAUAUGAAGCUGCUAUGUAUGUAUAUUAAUGAUCACAAUAAUUUUGUGAAUCAAGUGGGACUGAGCUGGCUUUCUAGUGUGUUUGUGUGGUGAGAGUACGAUAAUGGUCCAUUAGUAGUUAGUCACGGGCUCUUGUUACACACUGGAUCUGCAUAUUUUGAAAUUAUUCCAAGUCUGAGACCCAAUUAUAUCUGUAUUAUGUGUGUCGGUGUCACGGUGAGUGGUUCAGUGCUUGUGUAUUACUGUAUUUGAUGGCCUCAAUAAAUUUAAUUUAAUUUCUACA